ACCUUUGUGAAUCGCAAAAUCAGUAAAACCCACGGUUGAAACCAUGGUUUCUGCAAAAACCACCUUUGCGAAUUCGGGCCAUAAGGAUUCUACUUCUGCAGCAAUCAAUGAAGAUGGGUAUGGACCUACGUUAGUGGCAGAGGGACGCCUGACGGGUGGCGAUGUGAUGACAGUCUUCUUUUGCGUCAUGAUUGGGGGCUUGUCUCUUGGUAACAUUACUCCAUCGCUCUCAGCUAUCACCACAGCCAGGGGAGCCGCCGUCAUUCUCUUCGGCAUCAUUGAUGCUACACCAGAAAUCGAUGCUCGGUCCAGAAAAGGGGUCAUCCCUCCGAAGAUGACGGGCAACAUAGAGUUCAAAGGGGUGAAGUUCUCGUACCCCACCCGUUCCGAUGUACCGGUUUUGAAAGGGGUAGAUCUGAGUAUUAGGAAGGGGCAGACCGUAGCCUUGGUGGGGUCCAGCGGGUGCGGCAAGUCUACGAUCAUCAACCUCCUUCUCAGGUUCUAUGAUAAACUCUCUGGAAAGAUCUCAAUUGAUGGAAAUGAAAUCACCGAGAUUAACCUCCGCUGGUUGAGAGAGAACAUCGGUGUCGUGAGCCAGGAACCGAUCCUCUUCAACUGUUCCAUUGAAACCAACAUAUCGUACGGACGAGAUGGGGUCACCAAGGAGGAGAUCAUCCAGGCUGCCAAGAUGGCCAAUGCUCAUGACUUCAUCUCUAAACUGCCAAAGGGCUAUGAUACAAUGGUUGGUGAGCGUGGAGCUCAGCUGUCUGGUGGUCAGAAGCAGAGAGUAGCCAUCGCCAGAGCUCUGGUCAGAAAUCCGCCCAUCCUUCUACUGGACGAAGCUACCUCGGCCCUGGACAGGGAAAGUGAGAAGGUCGUUCAACAGGCUUUGGAUAAGGCCUCUGAAGGUCGCACAACCAUCGUAAUCGCUCAUCGACUGACCACCAUCAGGAAUGCCGACGUCAUCUACGCCUUCGAAGGCGGCAGAGUCGUGGAGUACGGUAAUCACGCCGAGUUGAUGAAAACAGAUGGAGUGUAUAAACAGCUUGUGACACUACAAACUCUCGAUGGGGCAGGUGAACCGUCCGAAAGUCUCAAAGAAAAGAUGGCAUCCAUCAGUUCACCUUCCCGCCAAAUGUCACGGCAGGCAUCCAGACAGGUCUCAAGACAAAUGUCCCGCCAAAUAUCGAACGCCAGUAGUGGAAAAGGAAGUCAAGUUGAUGAGGAGGACGAAAUAGAGGAGGAAGAUGUAGAACGAGCGAGUUACAUGGAGAUCUUGAAGCUGAAUAAGCCUGAAUGGCCAUACAUUGUAGUCGGGAUCCUCUUUGCCGCUGUACUAGGAAUUGCCUAUCCAGUGUUCGCUAUUCUAUUUAGCGAAGUCGUGGCGGUGUUUAGCCUCCCGCCGGACCAGAUAAAAGAAGAGGCAACCUUCUGGGGUCUGAUGUUCGUGGCCCUUGGUGGCUCCCUGUUCGUUGCUCAUACCAUGACCGGCAUAUGUUUUGCUGUAUCCGGGGAGGACCUGACCCUGCGGCUCAGACGUAAAGCUUUCUGGACCAUACUGCGUCAGGACAUUACUUACUUCGACCAACCUUCUCACAGCACCGGUGCAUUGGCAACAAGACUUUCAUCCGAUGCAUCCAACGUAAAAGGGGCAACGGGAGUUAGGUUAAGCACCGUCUUGCAGUCCUUAGUAACGAUGAUUGCUGCAAUGGCUAUAGGCUUCAUCUUUGGAUGGCAGCUAGCUCUCCUCAUCUUUGGUUGUCUUCCGUUGCUAUCAGCAACUGGAGCCAUUCAGAUGAAGGUACUUCAAGGAGCGCAGACCAGAGACAGGGCACUUAUCGAAGAAAGUGGAAAGAUCGCCGCAGAAUCGAUCGAAAAUGUCCGCACUGUUUCGGCUCUUAGUUUAGAAGACAGAAUGAUCAGGAAUUACACAGAGAAGUUGGAACAACCAUACAGACAAGGUAAAAUCAACAGCCAGAUGAUAGGUCUAGGGUUUGGUGUAUCCCAAGGAAUGAUCUUCUUCGUCUAUGCCGCAUCGUUCAGGCUAGGAGGUUAUCUGGUCUCCAUUGGCGAGAUGAGUGGAGAUGAUGUUUUCAAGGUUAUCUUUGGUGUGGCCUUUGCGGGAAUCUCCCUGGGUCGAGCUAUGGCUCUCCUUCCAGACUACGCCAAGGCUCGCCAUUCUGCAGAGAUAAUGCUUCAUCUCUUUGCUACCAAGCCACUCAUUGAUAACUACUCGACACAAGGAGAAAAACCAAAACAAGUGGAGGGGAAGAUUGAAUACAGUAAUCUCAAGUUUGCAUAUCCAACAAGAUCUGACGUCACUAUCCUCAAGGGACUUAAUCUAACCAUCAAACCAGGCCAGACUGUUGCUCUUGUAGGAGAGAGUGGAUGUGGAAAGAGUACUUUGGUAUCACUUCUAGAGAGAUUCUAUGAUCCAGAACAAGGCUCUGUGAGUGUUGACGGCAAAUCGAUCAAGGACCUCAACAUCCAGUGGCUUCGGGCAAACAUGGCGAUCGUGAGCCAAGAACCGACCCUCUUUGCCUGUUCUAUCGGGGAGAACAUCCAAUAUGGCGUCGACGAACCAAUGACCAAGGCGGAUAUCGAGAGGGUUGCCAAGAUGGCCAACAUCCAUGAUUUCAUUGCUUCUCUUCCUCUGGGUUAUGAUACUCUAGUAGGAGAGAAAGGAGCCCAGUUAUCUGGAGGUCAGAAACAGAGAGUAGCCAUCGCCAGAGCUCUGGCUAGGAAUCCACGGAUCCUACUCCUUGACGAAGCUACUUCAGCACUUGAUACAGAAAGUGAAAAGGUCGUCCAAGCAGCUCUUGACAACGCCAUGAAGGAUCGGACAUCCAUCGUCAUCGCUCACCGUCUCUCCACCAUCCAGAACGCCGACGUCAUUGCCGUCUUAAGAGAGGGUGUCGUCGUCGAGAGCGGUAGCCACCAAGAGCUCCUGAAGAAGAGGGGGCACUAUUACACCCUCACAGGGGGACUUGCUGCUGCCGAUGACGUCGAUGAGAAAAAAUCGAUGACGUCGUGAUUAAGUUUGAGUCUGUGUCGUUUGUAGUCUCAACAAAUUUGUUUUCGGGGUGAGGCUGUUAUAUAGGCCCUCUUGUAACAAACAGCCAAUCAGUCAAUUCGCAAAUUCACAAGAUUCAGGUCAGAAUCUUUCAAAACACUCCUCAAAUCUUACCUCAUUAAGCAGUCCUCUUAAUUCCAUAUCCUGUUCUCUCUCACUGUAUUUUGUUACUUCUUUUUUUUUUCUCUCUUUCCAAUGCGCUUAGAAACUGUUGUAUUAAGCGCUAUAUAAAUGUUAAUUAUUAUUAUUAUUAUUAUAGAAUAACCUCAAUGAAGCCAAAAUAAUUGCAGCUCACUUCAGUUCCUGAUAAAUUUUUCUUCAAUAUUAUUUUUAUGUAAUAUCAUUGAUUAUUUUUGUUAUUUUUAAUAUGAACUGUUACUUCGAUAUUGUUUAUUAAUUUUUUUGAACGUAAGUGACUAAAAUCUUAAUCUAAUAGAGCCAUGUUAUUUAGAUCCAUCUCAAGGGGGGGGGGGUCUUCAUAUCAGUGGUUGUGCCACAAUCAUAAGAGGGCGCAGUGAUUAAUUCAAUGUUUUCCGCGUACAACUUCCUCCACGAUUCGUCUCGCGCCUGCUUCUUGUUCAUAUAUUCCUGUCAUGACCCGAAGAGAAGCGUCGUUAAGAUUAAGAAAACAUUCGGGUCUAACGUACAAAAAGGUUGAUAAAUAGAUUUAAAAAAAUCUAUUUGGUGUAUUUUAUUUCUAUAUUUAUUUUCUUACAUACAUAUCAGAGAAACAUAAAUACAAAAUGAAUUACAAAAAUCAAUAUCCAAAUCAAUCAAGCUUACACUUUCAAAUUGGUAACAAUACAAAAAAAUAUACAAUAAAAAAUAUCAUUGAUAAAUCAAAACCUUUUUAAAAGUAAUUAAAGUAUAUAAAAAGUUGUCUAUGUAUGCCAAAAAGAAAGAAAAGAAAUGAAAAAAAAAGAGACCAGCUGAGAUUUAUUUAUUUGAUGGAACUGCCCAGUGAGUCGAAGUAAUACUGAAUUAAUCUUUAUUUGAGUAGUACAAAUUAUUUUGUUAAAAACAUUCGACUGCAGGUCAUGUUUACAAAAAAAGAAAACAUUAUCAUUUUUGUGUAUUGAUUAUUGUAUAUUGUAUCAUUGCCCCUUUAAAAACAGCUAUGCUGUAUGGGCUUUUAACCGUGGUGAAAUAAAUAAAUGAAUGAAUAAAUGAAA